GGGAAUUGCAGUCCCCACUCCGCUCUGUCCCGUCACAGGACUUUUUGCCCUCUGUUCCCGGGUCCCUCAGGCGGCCACCCAGUGGGCACACUCCCAGGCGGCACUCCGGCCCCGCGCUCCCUCCCUCUGCCUUUCAUUCCCAGCUGCCAACAUCCUGGAAGGUCUGUGUUAAACACGCAGCUCUGGAUUCCCCUAAGGGGUUGCUGAACACGUGCCCAGGACAGGAGCAAACCGGAGUACAGAGAAGGCAGCAUUUUGGGAGAUAAUUUUACAUUGCUACUUCAAAAACAGACAAAAAGGCAUCGAAUUUAUUGUUGUGGGAGAACUCAUCGCUUUGAAGCUCAGGAAAGAAGAGAAAUCCACUGAGAACAGUCUGUAAAGACAUCCGCAGAAGCUGUUCUGGAAAACUUUCUGACCCUGAAGCACCUCAAAAAUUUUGAUCGCGUUCUCCUUGCUGUGAGUCAUCCCACACUGGAGCUCUGGAGGACUCUCUAGCAGGUCCGUAGUGCUAUCUACAUCCAGACGGUGGAAGGGAGAGAAAGAGAAAGAAGGUAUCCUAGGAAUACCUGCCUGCUUAGACCCUCUAUAAAAGCUCUGUGCAUCCUGCCACUGAGGACUCCGAAGAGGUAGCAGUCUUCUGAAAGACUUCAACUGUGAGGACAUGUCGUUCAGAUUUGGCCAACAUCUCAUCAAGCCCUCUGUGGUGUUUCUCAAAACAGAACUGUCCUUCGCUCUUGUGAAUAGGAAACCUGUGGUACCAGGACAUGUCCUCGUGUGCCCGCUGCGGCCAGUGGAGCGCUUCCAUGACCUGCGUCCUGAUGAAGUGGCCGAUUUGUUUCAGGCGACCCAGAGAGUCGGGACAGUGGUGGAAAAACAUUUCCAUGGGACCUCUCUCACCUUUUCCAUGCAGGAUGGCCCCGAAGCUGGACAGACUGUGAAGCACGUUCACGUCCAUGUUCUUCCCAGGAAGGCUGGAGACUUUCACAGGAAUGACAGCAUCUAUGAGGAGGUUUUGAGAGGUUCCUGUGAGCCAGGCCCUGGGCUGGGUGCAGGGACACAAGGCUCCAGAAACAUGACAAGGAGGACUCUCCUGCCUCUUGGAGAUCAGAGGAGGAAAUGGCAGCAGAAGCCGCAGCUCUGCGGGUCUACUUUCAGUGACCCAGGCUUUGUUUUGUCAGUUUUUGCUUCUGUCUUGCCUGGAGGCCUGACAUCUCCUGUCUUCCAGGUUUUGUGCACAGACCAAACAAAUCACCCUCAGUCUUCCCAGCAGUCAGAUGUGGUAACUAAGACUAGGAUGGAUAAUAUAGGUUGUGAGGUGGCAAACAACUUAGGGUCCUAAGAUUUUGCCAAGACUGUCAUCAUUACCUGGAGUAUAAUGGGACUAAAUAUACCUCCCUUUAAGGACAAUGGAAACAUUCUAUUGAAACCAUCCUCACAGGGUUAACAAGAAUUAGAUGCUGGGUUCUGGACAGAAAUAUAGUUGUAAUUAAGCAUUAAUCAGGCUGCACUUUGGCCCACUUCUUCGUAACCAAAAGUCCCAGAGCACCAGAUGCUAACCAUUUGCCUCCUCAUUGUUCCUACAGAGAAGAUUUCUGAUGUUAGAAUCAUAAGGCCUUUGUUUGUUUAAAAAUUGCUUAAGAUGUUUUUCAGAUCCUGAAUUCCAGCAAAAGAGCUAUUGCCAACCAGUUUGAAGACCCCCCCCACCGCCCCAAGAGGAACUGAAUCCAGUUUGAAGACCCCCCCCCCGCCCAAGAGGAACUGAAUCAGCAUGAAAAUGCUGUUUCUUCAUCUCACCAUCCUGUAUUCUUCAACCAGUGAUCCCCCACGUCGGUCACUCCAACCCCCUUAAAAUACCUAGACCUAAACGGCCCAGACAGGCAGAUUUGAGGUUUCCCCCUGUCUCCUUAUUCGGCAGCCUUAUGAUUAAACUUCCUUCUCUGCUGCAA